UGCAUGGAUAUGACUCAAAAAGGAAACAUCAUGCUGCUGCAUGGUUGAACGAGGUUCAUGAAUACCUAGUGGUUGCUAGUGCUGGUGACGAUAAAAAGAUAUCACUUUGGAAUAAAAAUGGCCAAAGUAUGGGAUCCUUUCCUUCUCACGGCAGCGACCUUGCUGAUGACAUUGAGGAAUCGAAGACCCAGCUUCUCAUUUGGUGUCAUGCUAAAAAUAUUCAUUCUUGCUAUGUUGGGUAUAACAAUUCAGCAAAAUGUAUACUACGUUGGACUCCAUCUCAUUUCUCCAACUGUUGCCAGUGCCUUGGGCAAUGUCAUUCCUGCUUUUACUUUCUUAUUGGCAAUUGUACUGAGGAUGGAAAAGCUCAACUUGAAGACUGUAAGAGGGAGGGCCAAGCUUGCAGGGGCCAUCUUCUGCAUCACUGGUUCCCUGAUCUUCACAUUUUGGAAAGGUCAUUUUGUUGGGGGCCUUUGUUACUUCACCUAUGAUCCAACUUCAUUUCGAAAGUCCUGAGAAAGGCGAUGCCUGGCUUAAAGGCUCUGCUCUUAUGCUAUUCGGCUAUUUUGCAUGCAGUGUAUC